CCUCUCUCUAUUCUUGCCGCCGCACUUCUCUUUCUGUUACUGCUAAAGCUUCCUGCAUAACGGUUUGAUUACAUAACUCCAAUUUUCUUCUCCGGCGACGACCACCUGGUUACAGUCGUCCUCAGCUUAUUUAUCGAGAUGGUUAUCCCUCCACCUGUCAGGCCACCCAGAAUUACAAAUUUUCUUAAGCCAUAUGUGCUCAAGAUGCACUUCACAAACAAGUAUGUCAGCGCACAAGUGAUCCACUCGCCAACAGCAACAGUAGCCGCCUCUGCGAGCUCACAAGAGAAGGCAUUAAGAUCAAGCAUGGAGAAUACUCGAGAUGUUGCUGCUGCAGCAAAGAUUGGGAAGAUUCUGGGGGAGCGCUUGUUGAUUAAGGACAUUCCAGCCGUCUCUGUUAUAUUAAAAAGAGAACAGAAAUAUCAUGGCAAGGUGAAGGCUGUCAUCGACUCUGUAAGGGAUGCAGGUGUGAAGCUUAUUUGAUUGGGAACAGUCUCCUACGAUUGCUUAUGAAAAGUUGUUCCAAUAGAGGUCUUCUUGUUGCAAGGAGUUGUCUUCUGGUUCUUUGAACUUUAGAUCAAAGAAUAAUUUCUGUUAUCUUGGGCCAUGGAAGAUUAACAAAUAGAUCAGCUAGUGUGUGGGUAUCAACAAAAAAAAAAAAAAAAAAGCUUGUGUGUUUAUAUUUUGGGCUGAAGAUAUUGGAUUAAGACGAGUAGAUCAGCUA